GUCUCAUCUUUGGCAGUACUGGAAGAUGCUACAGAACGAAUGCGAAUCAGUACAGUUGCAAUGGGGCAUGUUCGACUACGAUUGUACGUUAUUACCCGUCAUUUCGAGCAGUUCGGUAUUCUUUCAUGA